GUCAUGUAUGAUGCUGAUUGGUUGGUGAUAAACGCCUUCAACGCGAGUUGAAAGAGGCGAAAUUUCAUUCUUACUACGUUAAUACGUGUAAUUAAAAUGUAUUACGUGUUUUAAUUUGUAUAUAAAAUUAUUUUAGCUUUCAAAUAUUGGUUAAGUAACCAACAGUUUGAUUUUUUGUACGCAAUGACAGCCUCCGGCUUUCGAGUUUGGGUAGUUAUUUUAGCCCUUGUUAUUGUUACUUCGGCACAUUUAAAUCCUAAAAGGGAUGAGAAAAAAGCGAAGUCAGUCACUAGUUUCGUAAGUGCUAAAUGGGAAGCAACACCAAUUGUUCUAGAGUUAGCUGAAUAUCUUGCUACUGAAAGCUCUGACUUGUUCUGGUCAUUCGUGGAAGGUAUAAAUACGUUGAAAUCUAGUCUUGAAGACUUAGAGACUGAUAAAGAAAUAUACAAUGCAUGCAUUGGUGUUGCCAGCUCCUUGCUGGCACCAGCACAGUUGCGAAUGGCUAAACUGGCAUUGUCCAUGCAUACCACAUCACCAACUGUCCGGAUGUUUGAUGAGAUUGCGGCACAGAAUGGGGCCAAGAGUGUUGCUUGCCUUACUUUUGUUUCCAUUGCUUCAAGCCAAGUUUGUGAUAAUGAAGUGUUACGUAAUAUUCUCAAAUCAUAUAACAAAUUUGAACCUGAAGAUCACAGGUUAGAGACAUAUUUGUUGGACCAUUCCUAUCCAAGCAGUGAUAACAAAACUCUUACUGCAAUAUUGUAUGGAGAGCUUGGUUCCAAAGAUUUUACUAGCAAACAUAACAUCCUGACAGGUUAUGCAGACAGAGGUGUAAUCAAUUAUGUUGUCAGAUGGAAUGUUAAGCCUAGAGGUAAGCCCAAACUGCGACUAUCAGGUUAUGGAGUUGAACUACAACUGAAGAGUACUGAAUAUAAAAGUCAAGAUGACUCUACUCCUAAGGAAGCUGAGAGUAAUGAAGCGUCUCCAGCUAACGAGGAGGAGGAUGAGAAUGACCCACAAAAUCAAAUUGAUGGAUUUAACUUUGGAAGAUUAAAGAACCUGUUUCCUGCUUUGCGUACGCCGCUGGAGCGUUUUCGCCGGCACUUGUCCGAGUCGAGCGAAGAGCUUGCGCCUCUGAAGGUGUGGCAGAUGCAAGCGCUGAGUAUGCAGGCGGCUGCCGCGGUGGCCGAUGCAGCUGAUGCUGGGGGCGAUGAGCCACUCAGGGUUCUCGCUUCCAUUGCGCAAAACUUUCCUAUGCAGACGAAGUCGCUGAUACACGUGAACGUGCCGCGCUCGUUCCGCGACGAGGUGCUGUACAACCAGGACGUGUGGGCGUCGUCGCUGGGGCUGCGCGCCGCGGAGCCGCUGCUGCUCGUGUCGGGCGCGCAGUACGACGCCGAGGACGUGGACGUGCUGGCGCUGCUGGCCGCGCUGCGCGAGGAUAUCGGCCCCAUGAACACGUUGCACGCGCUCGGUCUGUCAAAAAAACUGAUCAACACCCUGAUGUCAAUGGAGGUGGGCGAGUCGUUCACCUGGGAGGAGUACGGGCUGGAUAUCCGAGACACGGCAGUGACGUGGCUCAACGACCUGGAGUCCGACGAGCGCUACCGCCGCUGGCCCUCCUCCUACAUGGAGCUAUUGAGACCGACGUACCCUGGCAUGCUCAGGAAUCUUAGGAGGAAUAUUUACAAUUACGUGAUAGUAGUGGACCCGACAUCGUUGGCCUCAGGGCCGCCACUGAAGCUGGGCGAGACGUUACUGAAGCACGCGACGCCGGUGCGCGUAGGGCUGGUGCUCGCGCCGGGUGUCGACGCCCGGCUUACCUCCGCCGUGCGUUCCGCUUUCAACUACGUGGCGCAGGAGAAGAACUCUAACAAGGAGGCCUUCUACUUCCUUACCCAGCUCGUCCACUCGACUCAAAACGAACCAAUCAGCAUUGAACACGUAAAGACGAACUUGAAGAAAUAUGUGAGCUCGAGUGAUAGCAAUGUAGACGACAUUAUUUCUGAAGAUUCCGAGUAUAACUUCGGCAGCCAGUUAGCUGAAGAAUUCGUAUCGAAAAUUGGCACCAAUAAGUAUCCACAGGUGUUGAUAAACGGCGUGCCGCUGUGGGACGACGGGCCCACGGCCGUGACGGCGUCCGUGGAGCUGCUGGAGGAGGCGCUGGUGUCCGCGCUGUCGCGCCACACGGGCCGCUUCCAGCGCGCCGUGUUCAGGGGCGAGCUCUCCGACAUGGACGAUGCCGUCGACUUCCUUAUGAAGCAGUCGCACAUCAUGCCCAGGUUAAACAAACGUAUCCUCAGCUCCGAACCCUCCCAGUACUUGGACUUGUCGGGUGUGCCUGCUUCUAGUGAAUUUUUCACAGAAGAAAAAGUUCAUAGAAUGUUACAGUUGACGGGACGCGACGCUAUAGCAACCGCCCUGCCGCUCCUCAGAUAUUUCGCCAAGUCUGGCAAACCGGAGAAGAUCACACAAACUAUUUGGAUCACUGGCGAUCUCAACCAAAAACUUUCUAGGGAACUGCUAAAGAAUGCUAUUAUGUUCAUGAGAGAUUCACGUGGAGUACGCGUGGCUUUCAUUCCAAACGUGGACGGAUCGUCUACAGCGGACCAGUCCCUCAACAAAGUGGUUCUCGCGGCGCUGACGACGCUCGACCCUGCCAAGGCCACCAAAUAUGUCACGCAACUCUUGGAAGACGAGGGCUGCCACGAGAGACAGGAUUGCGAUAUAUUGCCGGAGUUGGUGCCCGCGCUCAACCGCUACGAGUGGGUGCUGAAGGCGUCGCGGGUGCUGUGCGCGCGCAGCAUGAAGCUCCGCGCCGGCGCGCGCGCCGUCCUCCACAACGCUCGUCUCAUCGGCCCGCUCACCGAGGACGAGCGGUUCACACUUGACGACUUCCUGCUACUAGAGAGAUUUAGCAGCAACAUGUAUGCCGAUAAGUUAGCUGAAAUAUUUGAUAAGAAAAAAACUGUUACAAAUGAAGUUACCGAUGAUGACGAAGAGGAAUACGACGUAUCGAAGCUGAGCGCGGACGAGAUGCUGAAGGCGGUGGCGGUGCUAGCGGCGCGCAGCCCUCGCGCGCGCACGCCGCUGCCCGCGGGGCUGCGCGCCGACCACUCGCUCGUGGAGCUGCCGCCGCUGCACGACGACGAGGCCGCCAUUGAGAUCGUGGCAGUGCUGGACCCCGCGUCGACCGCGGCGCAGCGCGUGGCGCCGCUGCUGCUGGUGCUGCGGCGCGUCGUCAAUUGCCGCGUCAAGCUGUUCCUCAAUCCGCAGGACAAGAACUCCGACAUGCCGCUCAAGAGUUUCUACCGUUACGUGCUGGAACCUGAGCUGCAGUUCACAAACUCGGGCGCGGCGGCGGGCGGUGCGAUGGCGCGCUUCGCGCGGCUUCCGCACGCGCCGCUGCUCUCGCUGGAGCUGCGCACGCCCGUGAACUGGCUCGUCGAGUGCGUCAAGUCCGUGUAUGACCUGGACAACAUACGACUGGCUGACGUCGACACCGUAGUGCACAGCGAGUUCGAGUUAGAGUACCUGCUGGUGGAGGGGCACGCGUGGGACGCGACGCUGGGCACGCCGCCGCGCGGGCUGCAGCUGGUGCUGGGCUCGCGCGCGCGCGCCGACACCGUCGACACCAUCGUCAUGGCCAACCUCGGCUACUUCCAGCUGAAGGCCAACCCCGGCGCCUGGACGCUGCGCCUGCGACCUGGCCGCUCUGAUGACAUCUAUCAGAUUAUUGGGCACGAAAACACGGACACACCCGCCGGUAGCGAAGAAAUCCAAGUGCUGAUGAGCUCCUUCCGCAGCCACGUGAUCAAACUAAGAGUGAGCAAAAAACCGGACAAGCAGAGCCACGACCUGCUCGUCGACAACGAGGACAACAACACGGGUGGCAUAUGGAACUCCAUCGCCAGUUCUUUCGGCGGUGGCGAGGAACCGGAGACGCAGGACGAGACGAUCAACGUGUUCUCCGUCGCUUCCGGGCAUCUCUAUGAGCGCUUCUUGCGCAUCAUGAUGCUGUCGGUGCUCAAGCACACCAAGUCGCCCGUCAAGUUCUGGUUCCUCAAGAACUACCUGAGCCCGUCGCUAAAGGACAUCCUCCCGUACAUGGCCCAAGAGUAUGGGUUCCAGUACGAGCUGGUGCAGUACCAGUGGCCGCGCUGGCUGCAGCGGCAGCGCGACCGCCAGCGUACCAUCUGGGGCUACAAGAUCCUCUUCCUCGACGUGCUCUUCCCGCUCCACGUCAAGAAGAUCAUCUUCGUGGAUGCGGACCAGAUCGUUCGCGCAGACCUGAAGGAGCUAGUAGACUUAGACUUGGGCGGCGCGCCUUACGGGUACACGCCGUUCUGUGAUAGUAGAAAGGAAAUGGAAGGAUUCAGGUUCUGGAAGCAAGGGUACUGGCGCAACCAUCUGCAGGGUCGCAGCUACCACAUCAGCGCGCUGUACGUGGUGGACCUGAUGCGGUUCCGGCGCAUCGCGGCCGGCGACCGUCUGCGCGGCCAGUACCAGGCUCUCAGCCAGGACCCCAACAGUCUCUCCAACUUAGAUCAAGAUUUACCGAACAACAUGAUUCAUCAAGUUGCGAUAAAAUCCCUACCACAGGAGUGGCUCUGGUGCGAGACAUGGUGCGAUGAAAACUCAAAACCGCAAGCGAAAACAAUCGAUUUGUGCAAUAACCCGAUGACGAAGGAGGCGAAGCUGUCGGCGGCGAUGCGCAUCGUGCCCGAGUGGAGCGAGUACGACGCCGAGGUGAAGGCGCUGCAGGCGCGCGUGCGCCGCGGCCUCUACCAGGCCGCCGACCACGAGCAGGAAAUCGAGACCAUUAUUCACGACCCAAUCUCAACAUCAAGUGAUGAUACAGGUAGUCUCCACGGCGUACAUAUAGAGUUAUGAUGAGGUGGUGUAUGUAUGAUAUAUAAAAUUUUUUAGCUGAAUGUCGGUUUCUGUUAUACGUCACAAGCAAUAAUAUGUGUGUAUAUUAAGACACUGUAUAUUUUAAACGGAACCACCAAACAUUAUUAUUUGUCUAAAAUUGAUUGCAAGCUCGAUAUUUGUAUGUAUCGCUUGCAAGAAAUUUUACACAUACGCUAGAAGGUGCAAUAAGGAAUUAAAUUACAAUAAGCUACUAAAAUAUUUUCUGAAAGGAAACAUGUUCGUCGAGCAAAUUGCCUUAACAAUCUUAUGUGAAAUGGAUUGCCAAUAAAUGUACGCCCGAUGUUUCCAGUUAACGCUAUAAGGUGUUGUGUUGUAACAUUUAAUACCAAAAUCGUUUUACAUUAACCGACAUUAGCCCGUAGCACGUAAGGAUAGUAUGAUUUCAAGUGAUUUUAGUGUAUGGUGGUUUGAUGUAAUAGCGUGAGAACGUUUUGAUUUAAUUGUUAUGUUAUGAAUUUACGAGGUACACGCCUGCAGUGCUUUUAUCGCACGUUUGUUGUACAAUGUAUUAUUGAUUAGUAAAUUUUCUCCUUUGAACUGUUUUAUAUGUAACGGAACUCUUGUAAGUCUAAUCAAGUGCAUAUUUUAUUUUCCGAUCCCAAUAAAUCCAAUUAUCUUGGCAAGAAGCGAGUGCUAGUAUUUAGCUGCAGCCUUGUACCGCAAAGACGCUGCGAUCAAAUUUGUAGCGCUUAAGAGGAAAGGGGGACAACCGUUCCUCCAUACAAACGUAGUGCCCAUUUUCCUCUCUGGGUGCACAAUUCAUUGUAAAUUAACCAUAGCCAUGACCUUUCGUUUACCUUUUAUAGAUUUUAUUAUAAUAAGAGCUAUGAGCGAAAAACAAAUUCCAUACACAGUAUAUAUCUUAUAAUAAUCAAGCAAUUAAAAAAAAACAACAACGAAGUGGCAUAUCUAUGUUCAAUAUACAUCAAAUUGUGUAUAAAUAUUGUCGAUGAAGUUAAUGUCCAGAAAGAAAAUGGGGACUAUGUUUGUAUGGAGAAGCUGUCGUCUUAAACAACGCAAAGGUUAGUAAUAAGGUUGUUGGUUUUCAUAUUACUGUAAAACUUUGUUAAGUCCGAAAGUAGAUUCCCUUUUUUAUAUUUUAACUGUACAGUCGAGUGUAUAAAUAUGCAUACACCUUAAUCAAUUGCAAUAAGAUGAAAAAAUGUAGGCAUAUUUAUGAACUCGACUGUAUAUUCAGAACACUCAUCUCCAACAAAAUUGCAAAGAUUUAUAUGUUGUGUUUACAUAUUGGAUAGCGUUAUUUGUCUCUAUUUUUAUAACCACCUGUAAUAUUUGCCACAUUUACCAAUAGGUUAUUAAUUUACCUUUAUCUGUGUUGUAAAUUCAGUGAUACGUAGAAGACCGUUGUGACCAACCCCUUUCUAUGAUUGUCUUAGUAAACUGCUAGAUUAUAAACUUUGCUCAUCAGUGAGAUAGAAUCUAUGUUUCACGUCAUGUUACCGCAGUACAGCUAGCACGUGUAGAUCGAGUGGCGGCAGAUGUACUAGCUAUGUAGAUUGAACACAGAUUUACUUAUGAGUAAGAGUACAGAAUAAAAUAAUUCAUUACAGUUAAUCAGGACAGUCAAGGUAAAUGAUCAUGAUCAUACACAGCUGUAUAGAGUAGGUACUGAUUGCAUAUAAGGAGUGGUUCAGAAAAAAGUAGCAUCACAUUAUGUGAAUUUUUAAUUUUAUUUUGUGAUAAUUUUAAAGCAGCGCAUUAUUGUAGUAAUCUGCAGAUACUAUUAUAUGAAAUUAAAUACAAUCGUAUUUAAAAUAAAAGGACGUAUUGAAGUAUUCGCCUUUUAUAUAACAUCUCUACGACGACGGGAUUAUUGACGACCGGUCUGGCCUAGUGGGUAGUGAGCCUGCCUACGAAACCGAUGGUCCCGGGUUCAAAUCCUGGUAAGGGCAUUUAUUCGUGUGAUGAGCAAUGAGCAUGGAUAUUUGUUCCUGAGUCAUGGGUGUUUUCUAUGUAUUUAAGUAUUUAUAUAUUAUUUAUAUCGUUGUCUAAGUACCCUCAACACAAGAGCCUUAUUGAGCUUACUGUGGGACUUAGUCAAUUUGUGAAAUAAUGUCCUAUAAUAUAUUAUUUUAUAUUAUCUCUGCUGACACUUUUUGAACAGCGUCUUCUGAGAGAAUUUAUGAGGUGUUUUUUUUAUAAACAUAGUUUAUUCUUUAAGCUCGUUAGUCUGAUGAGCUACUUUUUUUCGAUAUUGCACUUUUUUGAUUUGACUUCACUUUGAGGUAGUUACAUGGAAUUUACAUUUUUGUGUAUUUGCCAUUUUUACAGAAAUUUGUCUCUCAUAGAAAAAAGCCACUAUCAGAAGUAAGAUUAGAGAGACUUCCUAACUAACGCAGAUAAACUCCAGUUUAUUGGUAUAAUUUAUUCGUAAGAUGAUAUUCCUAAAAGCAUAAAACGAGUUGUGAAAAUUGUAAUUUAAUUGUGGCAUUGUAGAAUUGGCAAGUGAAGAUUGUUAAAUUGGGUUGUACAAAAAGUUACGAAGUACAUUGCAAUAAAAAUGAGAAAACUCAAACAAUCUGAUAUUUCUCAUUAUGAUUUUAUUUUUAUUAUAUAGUAUUUUUUUCUAAAUAUUACUGGAAAAAAAAUGCUUCAUAAUUAGCAAAACAUUAAAAAGUAUACCAGAUAAUUCACUGCCACUUUUUCACUGAACCACUCCUUAUUUACGAAAUAAUCAAAGUAAGUAAGUAAGUUUUACGAUUAAGGUUGUGGGGGUAUCCCAUACCCAUAUUUAUCGUGUCAUAUAGCCCUUCAGAUGCAUAUUAUACAAUAAAAUUAUGAUAUUUAAAUCAACCUCUGGUCAAUCUUGCAGAUCGCUGAGACACUUGCUAUCGAUACGAAAAAAGAACACUAUUAAUAGUGUUAUUUUUUUCGUAUCGAUAGCUGUUAUGUUAUGUUGUGUUGUGUGCGUAUAACGUUUAUAGGUAUAGACUAACAGGUCAAUCCCAACGUACACUGACUUUAGAAUGAUAUAUAAAUUUAUGAUGUAAUUUAGUUAUCGUGCGUAUCGCUCGCACCUGUACGGACAAGCCCGCGCGAAAUGCAAGAAAACCAAAUGAUAUAAUUUAGAUAUCGAAGAAUUAUUGACAUGAAAUGGUAGAGCCGGCAGAUGACCGAACGAGAUGCUCUUAUGGAAGUUUCCGAGUAGCAGAGAAGCGCUAUGAUUGUUUGUCCUUGUCACGGUCUCAUUUUUUUAAUUCCGCAUCGUAAAGUUUUAAUACGGCUUAUGGUGGGCAACAAAUAACCCGACCAAAUUACGUAAGUUGUUUUUGGUAUGUUGUCAGGAAUGUUAAAACGUGUUUUUAAUUUGGCGUUUUGCGCAUGUUUGGUCCCUCACGGGCGCACGCGUAUGGCAUAUCUAGUUGAUUCUACCAUCUAUGGUCUGGGCUAUCAAAAUCGCUGCCAACUUAUCUUGAUCGGAUUCUACCAAUCACUAGUUAUCUGUCGCUAAUAAAUUAAAAUGAUAUCUUACUGUACCAGAACGAAUCUUCGAGCGUUUACACGCUGUAUGGUGAUUAUUUUCAACGAAUUACCACAAGUGAAGGGCAAUGACAAAGUAACUCCAUAAAACGUUGAAUAAAAUCUUCUAUCAUUUAGUAGACACGCAAUUUCUGUCUUCUUAUCGAAUAUGAAAUAGUCUAAUGGGUCCCUUUCACCAUAUGGCCUUACCGCUUCCUUCCUCCAUAUUGUAAGGAUUGUCACGAUGUUUCGAUGACCUUAUAGGACUAAAUAUUAUAACCUUAGAUAAAGGAAUUCUAAGAUUGCAUAAAGUGGUGCGCACAUGGUAGACGUAAUUUGGUAGCUCAAUUAUCUAAGCCUUAUAGCGUAUGUACGCUAUAAGGUGUUCCAAUUCACUUACCAAAUGCCUUACAACAGUAUUAAGCUGUCAAAAUUUUGCUCUAAAUAUUUGGCACCUUUAAGACUCGUGUUCCUUUGUCUAUGAUUAUAACUCUUUAUUCUCUGCUUUAGGGAUACUACCGACGGAAUCUCAAACCAGUGUUCCUAAAUUGAAUAAAUUGUAGCAAUUUGUUACACUUGUAGUAUCCGGUCAGCGUAAAUAUGUGAAUACAAACUUCCCUGCUUUGGCAAUGUCAUAAAUAAACAUGAAUAAAUAUACAGUCAACAGUCAA